AUACGGAGAGGACCUUUUUCCGCGGUUGUUAUUUACUAUUAUUAUUAUUGUUGUUCGGCGGCGAUGGUUUAUUCCUCAACUCUGAACUCUGUCUCGCCGUGCGCUCGACACUUCUGCGCUGGACCUCGCCCGCUUAAAUCCGUGUCGGCGUCGGUCCGCGGGGCUUUUUGAUAAAAACCUCCCCGAAAAAAAUAAACUUUAAAUUUCCCACCAAAAAUCAAUUUUUGUUUUUUUAUGAUUUCCCGAUUGAUAUGGACCGCGACCCAAUUUUCGACGUGCACCCGACCCGACGACGGCAAUGUUUGGUUUUUUUUUUUAUUUUUCAUAUCGUGAGGUACCCAAAUGCGAAGUGCCCGUGAAAGUCGCUUUAUAUAUUAUUAUUCUUAAGUAGGUCUUGUCGACGUGCACAGCGCGCGCACACACACACACACAGCACACAUCCUGGUUGUUUUAGAAUAAAACAAUUUUUCCUUCAUUAUUACUGUACGCGACUGGAUAGAAAGUGAAAGCGGCCGGCCAGUAGUUGGUGAUUGUCAAUGCUUGCGUGUGUGUGUGUGUUUGUGAGAGUGUGAUUUACUUGUUACAUUCCGACGUGUGCGCGUAUUGUUAAUGAUUUAUUCAUUUUUGAUUCCAUGUGAAAAUUUUGACCAAUUUUGCAUUCCCAGUAAUCGAGUUAUUAAUGUGCCCGAGAUGAUGUCCUAGUUACAGAUUUUGUUUUGAAAGAUUUUUUGUGUUACUGUUGUUUCUGUUCGUUCCACGACAGAGCACGGAACAACAGCGUCGUAUGGAUAACGUCAAAAAAAAAGGUUAAACAAUGAAUACGGGAAGUUAUCCUACAUUUGUAACCGCUGCUCCAGUAACUUCGUUUAACACCUGCUCAAGCGGUAAUAUCACACAAGCGACUACUGGCAACAAAUAUACAAAUGUACAACAACAAACCGCCACCGUUAAUGCUAAUACCAUUGUCAACACCUCUAAUACGAGUGGUCAAGUAGUGGCCUUGUUAAAUAGUGAUGAAGCAGGCGUCACCUACUUAAGGCCACUUGAUUCCAAUGGGUUAGCUUUUAACUUGACGGGGGUAGGGUCCUCCAGCCAACAAGGACAAAUAUUCACUAUACCCAUUACCGUUCCUGGUUCAAAACCCGGGGAACAAAGUCAAACAAUUCAAAUUCAAGUAGUCGGCCAAGGUGGUAUAUCUGGCGAUAAACUUUUGCCAGUUUUCGGACCAGUGUUACAACUAGCUUACAACCAACAAAUACAAGACAGUAAUGGAAGCAUUCAGCUUCAGUUACAACAAGAAGGUGAUGUGUCAAAUGACCAAAUACAUAAUAACAAUAAUGAUUCAAUGCAGUCGUCUGAUUUGUUACAAGACGUCCAAGAAGACCAAGAAAUGAUACAAGAUGUGAAACCCGUAAUUAUCGAACAAAGCGGCACUGACAGUAACGGUAUGCCAUUCCCUUUAGCGGUGGUAGUUAACCAAGACAUGGUGGUACGGCGAAAUCAGCUAGAUAACAAAAUAAUGGGCGAACAAAAAGACAACCAGGCGGACAAACGAUUAAGGCUUCAAAAUGAACAAGAUUCUGGUAAUCAAUAUGUUAUGUACUCGUCUAAUACGAGCAAUUCUGUUUCGUUGGCUGAUUAUAUAUCUAUGAAUCACGAUAAUUUACCCCUUGGACAUUUUUUGAAAUUUUCACCCGAUAACAAUAAAAGGGAUAAUCUAGAAACGUCUGGAAAUCAUGACGAUGGCAAUAAUGAAAUGGUAGUGUACGAAGAUACCAGUAGUCAAGAAAAAGGUAAGAGAAAAAAGAAGUACAAAAAGAAGCCUCCAGCCGCCAGAAAACCACGUCCUGGCCAAAUACACAUAGCCACAGCUCUAGACGGUACUCUUUUAUUUUGUUGUCCUGAAUGUAGUAUGGCGUAUCCAGAUAAGGAAAUGCUCGAACAACAUUUAGUUGCUCACAAAAUAGAAAGGAGGUUUAUUUGUGACCUUUGUGGAGCCGGGCUUAAACGUAAAGAGCACUUAGAGCGUCACAAGCUAGGUCAUAAUCCAGAACGUCCGUUUGUGUGCAACGUUUGCUGCAAAGGUUUCAAGAGAAAAGAACAUUUAAACUUGCACGCGGUUAUCCAUUCUGGUGUUAAGACUGAAGUGUGCCCCGAUUGUGGUAAAGGUUUCUAUCGUCGAGAUCAUUUAAGAAAACACACCCAGAGUCACAUUACUAAACGUUUGAAAGAAGAACAAGCGGCCCUUCAGCAAAUGGCAGAACACGUGCCUUCAUCAGAUCACCAAAAACUAUCGGUGCCGGAACUCAUUCAAAACUCGAGUCAUUCGGGACCUAUUAUCAACGUUGCUCACCAAGAAAUGAUAAUCGAUGCCGUGGCCAGUGGCCGAAACAACAGUCCGUCUCCUCCUUGCGAUGACCAAAUUGUUAUCGUCAAAGACGAGCAAAAACUUACAGAACAAGAAAUCAUCAUGCUGCAACAGCAACAAAUUCAACAACAGCAGCAGCAGCAGCAACAACAACAUCAACAGCAGCAGCAUCAGCAGCAACAACAACAACAACAACAACAACAGCAGCAACAACAAAUUCAAAUUCAACAACAACCCAACAGUCCGAGCAUAGCUCAACAAGAGAUGAUCAUCGAGGCAGUCAGCGGACAGCAUCAUAGUCCGUCUCCACCACAUGUAGAUCACCAUCAGGUGGUCAUCACCAAAUUAGUAGAUACAAGUGAAGAAUCUAAAGACAAAAAUAUUGAGAGUAUCGUUUUAACUCAGUCGGAUGCCAGAGAAGCUCUGGGAUUAUUACAUCAUCAAUCUCAAUGACCUCAGCUUCAUAACAUUACGGUGACCACCAUUAAACGGAAACCACCAUAAUAAUAUACGUGUAUACUUUCUAUAAUCGGUAUUUGCAGUGUUUGUCAUUAAUUUUACAAUUAGAUUUAACUAUAAAAUGGACUAUUUUCUUUUAAUAAUAUGUAUAUAUAUAUACAUACAUAUAUUUAUAUAUAUUUAUGUAAAUGUAUAUAAUUUCUGCUCAAUUAAAAAAAAAAAAAAGCAGUUCAUGGUUUUUAUUAACUAACGGUCUUAUAAGGGUAACGUUUUUUGUUAAUUAAAAAAAAAUUAUUUUUAUCAGAUUAAAUAUUAUCUAUUUUACCUUAAUAUUUUUUUUAUCUACUUUCAUUUUAUUCCAAUAACAAUAACCGACAUUAACCUAGCCUUAUUCGUUUUCUAUGCUUAUCUAAAUUGAAUAUUCAAAAAUAACAAAUUAUAUUUUUAUUGUAGUGCAAUCGAGUACUGAUCUCUUAAUGUGAACGAUUAAUAAGAUACGAGAUUUGUUUACAAGUGUCCGAAAGAAUCAAAUACCAAUCAUUUUGCUUGAUUCCUUAUAUUUUUCAAAAAAUUAUUUUGCAAAUGAAAAUAUAAAUAUUAUAUAAGUUUGCUUAAGUGUUGUAAUUAAAUAUUAAUAGUAAUUUAUAUAAUAGUUAUUAUCGUGUACUACGUUUAUUCUUAUAUGAUGAGAUUAAUAUAAAAUUAUUUUAUAACAAUAAUUAAAAACCUUAAU